AUGUUUCCGUUGGCCCGUCUUCAAGAGUGGAAGCAUGAACCUAUCGUUUUCAGUAUGAGUUACACACAAGCCGAGAGCAUGCAAGCCUCACGCGCAGAUCUUGAUAGCAUUCAUCCGGAGUCUGGACAAGUUGACAGCAACUACUUCAUCAGUUCACAAUAUGAAAUCUCGGUGCUAAGCUGUGACGACGACGGCUCGCCAACAGGGCUGAGAGAAAACGUUGUAUUACUCGCCUGGCUCAUUUGCCUUUUGCGGACAAGUGAAGAUGGAAAAGCAAGCUUUGAAUGGAGAUACGAAGACCAGCUUGAUGGAUCACCUGCUGGAGAGUCACUUGUUCUCAGCACAGGACCUAUCAACAAAAAGGAAGAUAGUCAGGAUGCCAUCACUAUCCAGAUUGGAGUUUCCCGCAAAACUAAGUACCUCAAUAUCCGCCCUCGUGCGACAUCCAAGAAAGCUCUACCUUGCACCAUUGCUCGUCAUGUCCAUUCACUGGCAGAAACAAUCAAGCUGUGCGUGAAUAGCCCCGGAUUACGGCUCGAGUCGUUACUUGGUCCAAAAAAUCAUGACUUGGACAUGAUCUGGAGGUGGAAUCAUAACAUUCCUCCCACGUACGAUUUUUGCAUGCAUGACAUGAUCUCCACGCGAGCCAAGGAAUUCCCCAAUAAAGAGGCUAUCGCGUCUUGGGACGGCACUUUGACAUAUAGUGAGGUCGAUGACUUUUCAAAUGAUCUGGCUAUUCGACUGCACGCCGCCGGUGUAGCUUUCAACGAUUUCAUACCUGUGUGCUUCGAGAAGUCGAGAUGGACAAUCGUCGCAGUCCUUGCUGUGAUGAAAGCAGGCGGUACAAUGGUUUUAAUGGACCCGAAUCUACCUCUCGCUCGUCUUCAGAAUAUGGCGUGUCAGGUGAAUGCCAAGCAUAUGAUCUUGUCUGAAAAUCAGAAAGACAUCGCUUCAUGCAUUUUACCCGAAGGAGUAAGACUCACCGUCGGCGUCAACACUUUUACAAACAUGCCAAAGUCACAGUCUUUGCCGGCUCUAUCCGUUGUGCCCAGUUCGGCCUUGAUGUAUGUGAUUUUCACCUCGGGGAGUACUGGCACACCAAAGGGUGUCACCAUAUCGCAUCGGACAUACACAAGCAGCGCCAUUCCCCGGGCAGCAGCAGUCGGGUACAAGCCGACCUCAAGAGUCCUGGACUUUGCAUCAUAUGCCUUUGAUGUGAGCAUUGACAGUAUGCUCCUGACACUGGGAAAUGGUGGCUGUCUUUGCAUUCCGUCCGAUGAAGAGCGACUGAACGACAUCAACGAGGUCAUCCGUACAAUGAAAAUCAAUUACGCCAGCAUCACUCCGUCAAUGGCACGUAUUUUGGACGCUGAUGUGAUUAAAUCACUUGACAUACUUGGGCUGGGAGGUGAGGCCGCGUCAGCAACCGAUGUGGAUUCUUGGGGUCAAGAUACCAGGAUUGUCAUCGGCUAUGGUCCUUGCGAAUGCACUAUUGGGUUUACUAUCAAUAGCAGCGCUGCAACUGGUAAAGACUACGUCUCCAUUGGCAAGGGCAAUGGAGCGGCGAUCUGGAUCGUUGACCCAAACGAUCAUGAAGUUCUGAUGCCCGUUGGGGCGGUUGGCGAGCUCCUUGUUGAAGGCCCUAUCGUUGGCCAGGGCUAUUUGAAUGACACAGAAAAGACAGCUGCAGCUUUCAUCAAUGAUCCCUCAUGGCUUUUGUGUGGUCAUGAGCAAUAUCGCGGCAGAAAUGGUCGAUUAUACAAAAGUGGCGAUCUCGGAAUGUAUGAUCCGGACGGUUCUGGGGCAGUUGUGUUUGUUGGUCGAAAGGAUACUCAAGUCAAGCUUCGUGGCCAACGAGUCGAACUCGGAGAGAUUGAAAGUCAGCUGAACAGCAAAUUACCAUCUGAAGCGACAGUUGUUGCCGAAGUCAUCACGCCGAAAGGAGCUGGCAAUCAGUCUGUUCUGGUGGCAUUCAUUUCAUUUCGAUCUGCUCAAGGGCAAGAGCACCUGGAAAUUGAUUCCGCCCCGCUCACUCCUGAUCAAAGCACGGCGCUUUCGGUUGCAAAGUCAGAGGUGUCCAAAGUCCUUCCAAGUGUUGACCUUCGGGCAAAGGAGCAGGAUCUGGGAGAAAGCGUCUCACGGGAAAUGUCUGAAUUGGCAUCGACCUUAAGAGAGUCAUGGUCUCAAGUUUUGAAGACUGACGCACAAAUAGGUCCUGACGACAACUUCUUCGCAUUGGGCGGCGACUCUUUGGCUGCCAUGAGUCUAGUAUCCCUUUGCCGCGAAAAGAGCGUUGACUUCUCUGUGCUAAAAGUCUUUGAAAGUCCAACUCUCAGAGCAAUGGCUGCCAAUACAGGUAUUUUUCAAGACCAAGUGGAAUCUCAUACGGGCCCAUUCUCUUUGCUCACUCAAACGGUGGAGAGCGCGUGUGUAGCGGCAGCGAGUGCCUGUGGAGUUGUUGAGAAUGAGAUUGAGGACAUCUAUCCAGCCACACCAACGCAAGAGUCUUUGUUCAUCUUUUCGUUGAAAUCUGACAAAGCCUACAUUGCUCAGAGAGUUGCGUGUAUACCGCCAUCAAUCAACGUGGAUGACUGGAAAAGGGCAUGGGAGGCUGUUGUCACGUCAAGUCCAAUCUUACGCAGCCGCUUGGUUCAGCUUCAAGGUCCAGGGCUCCAGCAAGUUGUCUUGAAAGCGAAUAUCGACUGGAAACACCAUCGAGAUCUUGUCCGGUAUCUCGAAGAUGAUCGCUUGGAAAAGAUGCAUCUUGGACACAGUCUUGCUCGAUACGCUGUACCUGUCAUUCUUGAACAAGUCCAGAAAGCACUUCAGGGCUCGAAUAUUGAGAGAACAGAGGAAAUGAGGCACUUUGUCAAAUAUGUGCAAGAGACAAACGAGUCAGAGACGGUGGAUUUUUGGAGGCGGGAGCUCAAUGGUGCCAUCGGACCGCAAUUUCCACGCCUCCCUUACAGAGACUACCUACCAAAGCCAACAGACACAGUUGAGCGGUUCAUUCAAUUUGCUUCUGACGCUCGGUCGAAUUUCACCCUGGCCACUUUCAUACGAGCUGCAUGGGCACCCGUUGCGUCUCAAUAUACAAGAAGUGAUGACGUUCUCUUCGGAGAGACGCUCACAGGUCGAGACAUUCCCAUACCCGGAGUUGAGAGAAUCGUGGGUCCUCUCAUAGCGGCUGUCCCUAUUCGUAUCAGGAUUGCUCGAAGUAGCACUGCGGAGGAGUACUUGCAAGCGGUGCAAAAGAGCAUCCUUUGUCGAGCUUCUUACCAGCACAUGGGAAUGCAAAACAUCCGCAAGGUCAGUCGGGAUGCUCAACAUGCAUGUGAGGCUGGAACUGGCUUGGUCAUACAACCAGAGCCGGAUCACAAAGGGGAUGAUCUUGGAUUCUUUCAAAUCGACGCUGUGCAGGAAGCGGUUCAUUUCAAUCCUUAUCCUUUGAUGUUGGCAUGUGGAAUUGGAAAUGGUGGGUUCAGAGUGUGCGCAAAUUUUGACGGCGAACUCGUCGGAAAGAGACAGAUGGAAAGAAUGCUUUCUCAGCUCGAAGUUACGUGCUUUGAACUGGCAAAGAACCUCAGCAGGAGAAUUGAUCAAAUAUCAUGUCUUCACGAAGAUGAACUGAACGAGAUUUGGAGGCGUAAUACCCUUGCUCCGCUGGCGUUUGAUGUAUCAGCUAGUAAGCUUCACGCAGAUUCCAUCAAACCGGGGUCAACUUACCCGCCUCCUGUCGUCCAGUGGAUAUGCAAUCUGAGAAAUCCUUCUCUUCUGUCCCCCAUCGGCUGUCCUGGGGAGAUGUGGCUUGAAGAUGACUGCCUUUCAGGUAAGACUCUGGACUCGCCCGCCUGGCUCCGAGCAGGGAGCUCCAAGAUCCCGGGUCGCGUGGGAAAGCUUCAAACAACGAGAGACAUUGUGCAACAACAAGAAGACGGAAGAAUUCUUUUCAUAGGUCGCAAAGACGACGUCGUUCUUGUCAACGGUCAGCCGGUAGAGAUUGCCGAUCUUGAGAUCCAUUUCUCCAGACACCUUCCCUCAUCUGCUCGUGCAGCCGUAGGUGUGAGGAGAAAGACUAGUCAUUCCCCCAGUGACGAUCCAGAGUCCAGCCUUACUAUCAUGUUCGAGGAGCGGCAUGUCGGGAGUGAUCAAGUCAGACUUAUGCUCGAGUCUUACAAUGUUGGCGACGAAUCGGAUUGCUCAGCUUUGAAAGUCCAUGUCCGCGCCUCGGCGUCUACAGAACUUAUUCUGGCAAUAAGAAGUUUGGACACAUUCUAUAAGGACUCAUUACCAACACAUAUGAUUCCUGGGUCAUACAUUGUGAUAGACAGCUUACCAGCCAGACAAGAGCUGUUGAAGCAAGUGGCGAGCUCGAUCCCUAGCCAAAUUUCAACCGCGUUUCAGCACGGCUUGCAAGAGGCCUGGAACAAGUCUCUCUCUCAUUCACACUUGAGUGAUCCUGAAAAGAUAUUGCGAUCGGAAUGGGCCAAAGUGCUCGGUCUUCGAGUAGGACAGAUUGAAAAGGAUGACAAUUUCUUCCGACUUGGUGGUGAUUCCGUUCUCGCCAUGAAGCUUGUUACUAGCCUUCGGAAUAAGGGCCAUACCUUGAUGAGUGCAGACGUCUUCCAGCAUAUGCGACUUCGCGAUGCAGCAACAAGGCUGAAGCUUGGCCAGGUUGAAAGAAUGCCAAUUCAGUCAUACAAACCUUUCACGCUCGUCGACACCGUUGAAGCAGAGCAGAUUGUGUCCGAGAUUCGUCAGAAUCAACUGGGGCAUGCUGCAUGCUUUGUUCAAGACGUUUUUCCUGUCACAGACACUCAGACGAUUGAUAUCCGUGGAACAAUUCGUAUGCCACGCACGUCCGUUCAGUACAAUACACUGUACUUCAAUCAGAAGAUCGACCUUGAAAGACUGCAUCGAGCUUGUAGGAGGCUAGUCGAGAUGCAUGACCUUCUAAGGACAGAUUUCGUUCAAAAUAAUGGAAGAUUAUUCCAGGCCAUUUUGAGCGAAACAGAAGUCCAAAUGAUGUCACACCGUACCGACACUGAUCUCGUCUCGUUCGUGAGCGACUUUUGCGUGAGGGACAUUGAGUGUGAGUUCUCUCUCGGUUCCGCCUUUUACAAGUUCAUCCACGCUUCUGAUGAGCAUGGCCAUGAUUGCCUGAUUUUUGCAAUCUCCCAUGCUCUAUAUGAUGGUAUUUCGCUACCAAGACUGCUUGAAGACUUGGAAGCCCUGUACUCAGAUACAUCAAUCUCGAGCUAUGCGCCCUUUUCAUCAUACAUAGCCCGCACUCUGGAUACACGUCUCCAGGUGAGGUCUCUGGGAUAUUGGAGCACAUUGCUCGGUGGUUCAUCUUUGUCAGUUUUAGAUGGACUUUCGGCGGACCAAGAUGAUAGAGGUGUUUUCUUACAAAAAGCUAUCGAAUGCUGCCAGCCGCCGCAAGAUUUCACGGUUGCGAACAUUCUAACCGCAGCGUGGUCUCUGCUCUUGGCUCGUCGCUUGCGGAAACCGGACGUGACAUUUGGAUCAGUUACCUCGGGCCGGAUGAUUGAUCUCGCGAAUGUUGAAAAUGUCGUUGGGCCAUGUUACCAACUCGCACCGGUUCGAGUUCAGAUACAGCCCAAAUGGACGGCUACGGACCUUCUCUGCAGUGUUCGAAAACAAAUGGCUGAAUCAGCCGCACAUGAUUUCCUUGGCUUUGAUAAAAUCUCAAAACAAUGCACAUCUUGGCCCCACUCUGCAGGUUCAUUCGACUCCAUAGUUCACCAUCAAGAUUUUGAUGACUUUGACAGCAUGCCGUUUGCUGGAGGUUCAUGCAGAGUGGAAAUCUACAACCCGCACGGAGAUGCACCCUUGCCUUUCAAAGCGGUCUCUUUUGUACGAAGUGGCCAGGUACAUGUUGGAGCUGUUGGCUCUACGAGAGACUUGGACUUGGUGUCCGAGCUACUUGAUGACCUGGCUUCGAUCUUUGCUGAGGUCUGCAGAUGUUCAAAAAGUGUCUUACUCGAUGCUGCGGUAUUCUGA